CCCUCACCCUCGCCUGCUCCUCACCCUCAAUCCACGAUAGCAUACUCGCAACUAUCUGGACCGUCAGCAUGGUGGUCAUACACUCAGAGCCUAGCUCGUCCUCAAAUUUGCACAAGAAGAAUAGGCGGAAGUUGAGCAGAAAAGUGUCUGCGAAGGAUGCUCCCGUUCAAAACGACAUAGACGAUGAGAUGGGCGGCGAGUCGGUCGAUAUCACGGACGUUAUUCACGAUAACUCGGGUCAACAAGAAGAACAGCAGACCGGGGAGGACGACGAACUCAUGAUCGACAUGGAUCCCUCUUCACUGCCCGCCCAGACAUCCGCCCCUACAUUCCCCCCUCUUCCCGCUGCUGCCCAACGGACGACAUUGAAGUCUGAGAUGAGGAGGAUACCUAUACCCCCACAUCGAAUGACUCCGCUGAAGAAAGACUGGGUCAACAUCUUUUCGCCUUUGACGGAGAUGCUGCAGCUGCAAGUGCGGAUGAACGUCCAAAGAAAAUGCGUCGAGAUCAGGACGUCAAAACAUACACAUGAUAUAGGUGCCAUCCAAAAGGGCGCCGACUUCGUCAAGUCAUACGCUCUGGGCUUCGAUGUCAACGAUGCCAUCGCUCUUCUGCGGCUGGACGAUCUCUACCUAGAUUCCUUCGAAAUCAAAGACGUCAAGACUCUGCAUGGCGACCACUUGUCUCGUGCCAUCGGUCGAAUCGCUGGCCAGGACGGCAAGACAAAAUUCACCAUCGAAAACGCUAGCCGGACCCGCAUCGUUCUUGCCGAUACCAAAAUCCAUAUUCUCGGAUCAUUCCAGAACAUCAAAGUCGCCCGGGACGCCAUAGUCUCGCUCAUCCUCGGCUCACCGCCUGGUAAAGUGUAUGCUGGAUUGCGUACUGUGAGCAGCCGCAUGCGGCAGAGGGCUCUGUAGUCUGUAUCUCUUUAUGUAUGUUUCGUUGGAGCUCAUUACAUGGAUAUUCGCAUCAAUACAACCCGUAGAGCCAAGACAUAACUUGUCAGACACCGGGA